CGUUGAAGGUCAAAGUUCAACCAUUACCGUCAAAAUAGGGACCUCAGCUCGCUGGCUGAGGCUGCUUGUCUUCACGGGGGAAAACAAACAACCUGACCGGCACGGAAAACACACUUCUCUCGGCGUCGCGCCGAAAACCCGUCGAGGAAACCGAAAAUGGUCCUCGGCUGAUCGUUGGCCCGCAGUUGCACAGUUGUCGGCAGUUAGCUCGGUGCUAACGUUAGCCCGCUAGCUUCGGUUUGCGGGGAGCACAUAGCAACAGCAGCUAACAUUAGUGGACUAGCACUCGCGACGAGGCAGCGGCUAUGUUCGUGCAGGAGGAGAAGAUAUUCGCCGGGAAAGUGUUGAAAAUACACAUCUGUACCAUGGAGGGGACGGAGUGGCUGGAGGAGGUCACGGAAGACACCACCAUUGAGAAACUGAAGGAGAAGUGCUUGAAACAUUAUGUGCACGGAAGUCUAGAAGACCCCAAAACUCUCACCCACCAUAAACUAAUCCACGCUGCUACAGAGAGAAUCCUCACUGACACUAAAACAGUGGCUGAUGAGAACCUCAAAGAUAAAGAUGUUUUGCUGCUGAUAAAGAAAAGACCACCACCAACCCCUCCAAAGAUGGCAGACAUAUCUACAGAUGAAAAGAAGAAGCAAGAAAACAAGGCUCCGGACAAAGAUGCUAUCCUGAAAGCCACUGCCAGCCUGUCCACCCGUCACAUCGACCGCACCGUCACGCAGCACAACAUCAGAGACUUUCAGACGGAGCUUAGAAAAAUCCUCGUCUCUCUCAUUGAAGUGGCCCAGAAGCUUCUUGCUUUGAACCCUGAUGCUGUUGAACUCUUCAAAAAGGCUAAUGCCAUGUUGGAUGAGGAUGAAGAGGACCGGGUGGAUGAAACAGCCCUUCAGCAGCUCACAGAGAUGGGUUUCCCCGAGAGCAGAGCAAUCAAAGCUCUCCGAUUGAACCACAUGUCAGUGACCCAGGCCAUGGAGUGGUUGAUCGAGCAUGUAGACGACCCCUCCGUGGACUCACCUCUGCCUGGCCAGGACACUUCUGGGGCGGCAGGGGCCACGGCCGCCGCCACCCCAGGCCCCUCUGUCUCAGCCUCGGCCUCGGGCGCUCCUCACCUCCGCCGAAGCCUUUCCCAGUCCAGCACAGAGGAGAGCACCAGGCAGGACGAGCUGACAGAGAUCUUCAAGAGGAUCCGCAGGAAACGAGAGUUCAGGCCUGACUCGAGAGCUGUUAUCGCAUUGAUGGAGAUGGGCUUCGAUGAGAAGGAGGUGAUCGAUGCUCUGAGAGUGAAUAACAACCAACAGGAUGCUGCGUGCGAGUGGCUGCUGGGAGACAGGAAACCGUCUCCAGAGGACCUGGACAAAGGCAUUGACACUGACAGCCCCCUGUUCCAAGCAAUUCUGGAGAACCCAGUGGUACAGCUGGGCCUAACCAAUCCCAAGACGCUGCUCGCUUUUGAAGACAUGCUAGAGAACCCUCUGAACAGCACCCAGUGGAUGAAUGACCCUGAAACCGGCCCCGUCAUGCUCCAAAUUUCCAGAAUCUUCCAGACACUUAAUCGCACGUAGAGCCUCCUGAUGACCUGCGUGACUGUGGCAGCCUGUGUGUAUGUGAAUGAUUGUGUGUGUGUGUGUGUGUGUGAACAUAUGUAUGUGAAAAUGAGCGGCGAUGUGUGCAUUUGGAUAUGGCAAGGACAUCAGUAUUGUUUUUGCCUUGUGAAGACAGAGCUGGAGGAGUGUGUAUAGAGAUGUUACACAACUAUUUAUAACAUUGCAGGAAAAAAACACUUAACAUAUAAAUGUUAACAUUAUUAUUAUUAUUAUUAUUAUUAUUAUUAUUAUUAUUAUUACAGCAAUGAGAAUAAAAAAUGAAAUUUAGUAGGCUGUUUUUACAUUUUAGCAACAAUUUAUAGUUACGACAGACAUGGUUUAUUUUAUAUAAUUUCUCCAUGUACAAAAAAAUGACCAUCAAACAUAAAUUUAAUGUUUACACUUCAAAGAAAACUCUUUUUGUAUGUUUAGCAAUAUUUAAAUAUCAAUUACAGUCUUGUCUGUCUCUUUUAAAUUGCUACAUUUCAUUUCAUCAAUGGUGAAUGUUUGGAGGACUCGUGUCAUUACACCCCUACCUACCCCCCCAAAAAAAACAACAACAUACAGCUCAGCUUAUAAUUGAUACUAUAAUUGUUGUGUGUUUGUUAAGUUAAUGUCAGCAAAUGUAGGCUUCAGACACAUUACACCUCUCUCCGUUCAGCCUCGAGAGCCUGCCUGUCUGCUCACUGUAAACCAUGCUCCUCUCGACUUAAAAAGGAGAGCAUUUAUCUUUGUUCUUCUUGAAGAAUAUUUAUUUAACUUUUUGCCUCUUAGAGGAAAACUGUACACUAUGCUGUCUGUUUGUGUCUUGGUCAUGUUUUUACAAGAAUAAGAUAUAUUAGGCCUGUGUGUUUAUUUUCAGUGUGCCCUUGAAUGUCACAUUAUCAUCUUGUGCGCGUGCAGCACUUGUUCACCUUUAUGAAUAUCGCUCACUGCAGCACUGACAAAAUAGUAUCCUGUAAGGUUGAAAGGUUUGGUUUUUUGCCUCACAUUUGCUGCAGUGUGAGGUGUUUAAAGGAAGCUGAGCCUAAUCAAAAGGAGUUUGCUGUUCAGCUUACAGUUUGAAUGAACGCAAAGGCCUCCUUACUUUACCCUGCAGAAUCAGUUAAGGUGAAGGUAUUGUUGUGCAACACAAAUUAUCAAAAGGAACUUGAGACAAACCCCAUGGUGGUCUUCUAGUUAGUCAUUCUCUUUUUGAAACGAUGAGCAUUUUUGCUGUCAAACGAAACCAAAAUUUAACUAUAUAAUUUGCCUUGUCAAAGAUGCACCCCAGAAAAACACAUUAUUUCUGUGCAAUAGCUAUGAGUUGGAAUUAUGUUUACCUGUAAAGAAAUGUAUUUGAUUUGAGUGUUAGAUAUGUGUGAAACAAUGGUAGCAAUGGGUAGUGUGACUAUAGUAAUACAUAUUACACUUUGCAUUGAUUACUUCGAACCUCUGGUAACAAAAUGGUGGGCUUAGCCUGUCCCAUUUGUUUUGUGAUUUGAAAAGAAACAAUAUGGAAGGUGGUGUGUUUUUUGCCAAGCUUUGGAGUGUUUUUAUUAAAUAUUUGAAAUGUAUUGAUCUAACUUUCUGCUCAGGGAGGCUGAGAUUGUUAUUCUAGGGCCGUCACCAUGACAAACCUCUGCUCACCCUCUUCUAGUCUCACAUUUGAAAAUGGCUUUAAUGUGUCCGUUAAGAACAGAGCAUCACAAAAUAUGGUUUGGUAAAUGCAAUAUUUGAAAAUAUUUAAAUGUUUUUAAAAAAAGAAGUAUUUGCUUGAACAAUGUAUUAUUACAUUAUUUAUAUUAAAGCCAAAAUAAAUAUCUUGCUCUUAUUUAUCAGAUUUUAAGAGAACCUCAAAGCUGAUCUGUAUGAAUGAUGUUGAAAAAUUGUAUAAUGUGAAAAAACAAACCAUUCACAAACCACUACAAAAUGUACACUCUGAAUGGCAGGUCUCAGACUGAUGAACAGCUGUGCAGCAUUUCUGUGGAGUUAUUUCUAUAAAGGAUGUGAACACAUCUCUGCACCUGUCUUCACUGCACUGGCAUGGAUUUUAAUCAUUGCCACACUGACCGACUCUCUUAAAACUAUAACUAUAACUCAUAGUCUUUUCAUUGGCAUUCAUACAAAGCCAUCUCAACACUGGGAAAUCUAUAUUUACUGAGUAGAUCUAUCACAUUUGUCAAAACGAACAGAAUGAGCAAAAUUGACAUUAAACGUAUUGCUUAGGGACAACAGAGACUUGUAUGAGUCACAGAUUAUUGUGCUGGUUUCACUCACGUUUCAUGCAGGACUGUCCCACACCAACAACCUAUGCAACAUAAUCUCUCACUGUUCAAUAAAACCACCUCAUGGCUACAUGGCAUCUAAAUCACUAUUAACAUUAAACUAUUUUUUGUGGCUGUA